AUGGCCGGAAAUCAGGAACCCGAGCCGGAGUGGCUGCAGCGAUGGCUGAAUUUUCCGUUCUAUCGGGCAAACAAGAAGUGCAGUAUACAUAUAAGAAAGUACCUUACAACAUACUGCGGCGUUUGCAUGCUCGAACCCGUCUGCGAAACCUGCUGGGGAGAAGACUACGAACCGUUACACGAAGGCGAUCCUCAUCAAAUCUUGAAGGUUUACUCCGCUUCUGGCAGGGCAGGAACUGAAAUUCGCAACAUAAAAAAAUUAUUGGAUACCUCCGGAAUUCAAAAUUACAUAAUUAAUGGCAAGGAUAUUUUUCACCUUAGAUCUAAUUCGAACAAAGCGAGCUGCGGAACAUGCCGAAGGGUAGAAGCAUCGUUUUGUUCUAUUGCUUGCAAGUUUGGGUAUGAAUUUCGUGAUCAUGCUGCACCACCGGACAUGGGCCCACAGAUAGUCAAUUCUCCUCAACGGGUGAUCGAGCCACCCCCGUUUCCCGCCAAUCCUCCACCGCAGCCGAUCGAGCCACCCGCGUUACCCGCCAAUCCUCCACCGCAGCCGAUCGAGCCACCCGCGUUACCCGCCAAUCCUCCACCGCAGCCGAUCGAGCCACCCGCGUUACCCCCCAAUCCUCCACCGCAGCCGAUCGAGCCACCCGCGUUACCCCCCAAUCCUCCACCCGAGUCGAGCGAGCCACGUCCAAUAGUUGAUGAAAAAAUCAAUAAAAUGGAGAUUCGUAUGCGUAAGCGCCCGAGAAAGCAGUUGAUCCCUCAAAGAUCACCACUUGCCUCUUAUGGUACCUUCGAAUGUUAUUAAAUUUAUAUUUUUCGGUUUUCUUGAAUUUUUCGUUUUUCUUUUGUGGUUUGAAUUUCUUUAAUCUCGCGGGAAGUUGUUGUUGAAGAACUUUGUUUUUUGUAUUAUUUAUUGUUGUUGAUAUUAUUCAUGUCUAAAUUGAAACAAUAUUUAUUUUAGUUUUAAUUUAUUAAAUAAAAUAUAUCUACCUUUACUAGAAUGUAUCCUAUGUUUAUUAGCUGUCAUGUAAUACACUAUUUCUCUUUCCAUGUAAAUUAAGACUCUAAAAAAUUCUGCAAAGAUUUUAUUUCCUUUUGGACAUUACAUACUUAUUUCAAAAGGAAAAUACCACGAGAACAACUGUAUUAAACUCAGGUCAUGGUUAAUUAAAUCUCUCCUAAAUCAAAAGAAAUUGGUUUCAAUUAGGAAAGUAAUUAAUUAUUUAAAGAACUAGGGUUCACAUUAAGUGGCUAAUUAGGAUUAUUCAAGUUUCUACAUGUA